AUGCCAUGCAAUGCGCAUAGACAAGAUCCCCACAAACAGCAUUUUUGUAAUCACCUGGUUAUCCCUUCCCCCAAACACAACCACGGACAGAUGAUGGGCAUAUUCCCAAUAUCCGGUGUUUUCAGCCAUGAUGCGCACAAAAUCCGUCUGGACUGGGUAUCAGUUCCUGUGAUUCUUAAUCUAGUUGUUUUGGCCACCGCUCUUUUCAAUGUAACUACGGAAUACUUCCGCCUUCAGGACGUAGGCAUCAAUCCGAAAAAUAUCAACGGUUUAUUGUUCUUCAUCGAUUGUAUUACCAUCAGUGUACUUUUUCUGCACGUAGCCACCAAGUGGAACAAAGUUGCAAUCAUGUGGGAACAAGUGGACCGUAUCUUCGUCCAGGAACCGUACGGGACGUUCAGCUCUCGGUGGACAUUGCGCCGGAAGAUACGUAUCGCUACCGUAGUUCUUCUGCUUUUGGCCUUAGCUGAACACUUGCUGUCCAUUGUGAGCCUUGCAAAUGAGCAACGCGAAGAAAUCAAAAAAUGUGGCUGGGAGAAAAACAUCACUGAUAUAUUUCGACAUUUUGCACUACGAAAAUUUCCAAAUGUGUACGUGAAGUUUCCGUACAGUACAUUCUCAGCGGUUUAUUUUUUGUACAUUUCGGCUGCCCUCACCGUCUACUGGAACUUCCUGGACAUAUUCAUUAUCCUGGUGAGCAUUGCAAUUGCAACCCGAUUCGGACAGAUCCACACAUAUCUGCGAACGAUGACCAACGGUGGUCUACUGCCUAACGAACAAUUAUGGGUACGUGUCCGUACCCACUAUGUCUCAGUUUGUGAACUGUUGGAGUUGGUCGAUCGGACCGUAUCGUGGCUCGUGCUGGUAUCAUGCACUACAAAUCUAUACUUUAUUUGUCUGCAGAUACUGAAUGUCUCACAGAAACUGCUGUACAUAAUGAGCGACAUAUACUAUUGGUUUUCGCUACUGUUUCUGAUAGGACGGACUGCGACGAUGUUUCUGUGUGCUGCUCGCAUUCACGAAACAGCGAAGAAGCCCAUGGACGUCGUGUCCAAGAUCCCAAAUGCUGGAUGGUGCGUAGAGUUGGAUCGAUUUGCAACCCAGUUGAAGAGCGAAACGGUGGCCCUCACCGGGAUGGGAUUUUUCAACAUGACACGCCAGUUGCUAUUUUCGAUGGCCGGAACGAUUGUGACAUACGAGCUGGUGAUGCUGAAGUUCGACAAAGAGACUAAAGGCAGGGGAUAUAUCCGACCCUGUACGUUCUUUGACAUCGAGAAAAGCUGGCUAAUGCCAGGACGCUAAACAAACGGCCAGCUCAUUUUUAUCGAGAAAACCAAAUCGAUGCAGAUAAAGACGAGGUUAAUGUUGGCAGUCCAACCUCCAUCGAUGUGCGGAUAGUGACCAAGACGACGAAUUAUAAUCCACAAUGGAGUGAUACCGGUUUUGGAGAAGAUGUUUCCACACGCACAGGUUUGUUCGUGGGUCUUCUGAUGGCAACGGAUGACCUUAGCUAAGCCGCGCACCGAACUGUCUGCCCGAUCGAGCACUACGCAACUCAC